AUGCGCCGCCAGCUGAUCGUGCUAGCACUGUGGCUGCCUUUUACUUUCUGCCAAAAUGCAGCAGAUCUCGAAUUUUCUCCAUAUGUCUAUUCGGCUGUGAAUAUCCCGUUCAAAAGUUCGAACUACGCAAAAGACUGGUUUGGUUCGGAUGUGGCUCUUGUGCAGCAUCCUCUGCUAGCGCCUGCCAAACCGUCAAAACCGGGAAAUCCAGUGGCGCUGCCAACGAUUGCACCGUACGUUGUCUCCUGGAAAAAUCUCGAUGACACUAGAAUUAAUGAUGAGAAUGUGUGGAACUUUGAGAAGCGUGUUGACAGCAAAGUGUGGUGGCCGAGCUGA